ACAAAGGCCACAAGUUGUGAGCGCCAAUUUCAAUUGAGAUAAGGUUUUUCUCUGUCUACCCUCUUUCUCAACAUCUACAACCCAAUCUUGUUGAGAGGAGAAAAUACAGUCAAUUUUGUUUGUGAGUUGUGAGAGAUUUAACUCUAACCCCUAUAAGAAUGAAGAAAAUUCCCCUCUUUUUAUAAGCUCUAAUUUAAUCGUCACUUUUUUUCCGAAUUGAGAAUUGUAUUGUUAUGACUGCUACACUUCAAGCUUCUCUUGUUCACAAGCCCUCAAUUUCGCGAUUCAAUUAUCUAGCUUUUUGUCUAAAACCCCGGGUUUCUAGUUUUGCUUCUCCGUUAAUUCUACAUAGACGUAUAAUUCAUAACUUCAAUUGCCUUCCUCCCAAGUCUCGAUUUUUACGGCAUCGUUUAGUAGUUUCUUGUGAAUUAAAUCCAAUUCCGGAAAAUGUAAAUUCAACGCCGGACUUAAUAAACAGUAAUUUAAAUCCGGAUAUUGAAAAGCAGGAAGUAAAUGAGUUCAACAAUGGAAAUAUUGUGGGGGAAAACGUGGAAAUUGAGGCGGGUGAAGGAGUGGAGGGUGAGGUGCCAAAGGAAGGUCUGGAGGAAACCGAGUAUGCGAAGAAGAGAUUUCCAAUGCUGCUGUUUAUUAUGGGAGUUUUUGAGAGGUUGAGAAGUGGGUUUGAGAGAAUUUUGUAUUCAGAUUGGUUCAGUCGGUGGCCAUUUUGGUGGCAGGAGAAGCUGUUGGAUCAUUUAAUUGCUGAGGCCGAUGCGAAUCCUAAGGAUGCUGCAAAGCAGAGCGCCCUUUUGGCGGAGCUCAAUAAGCACAGUCCCAAGUCUGUCAUACAGCGGUUUGAACAAAGAGCUUAUGCUGUAGACAGCAGGGGAGUUGUAGAAUAUCUUCGAGCUCUGUUGGCCACUAACGCCAUUGCUGAAUAUUUACCUGAUGAACAAUCAGGAAAACCUUCCAGUCUUCCUUCUCUGUUGCAAGAAUUAAAGCAGCGUGCUUCAGGGAACAUGGAUGAGCCCUUUGUGAGCCCCGGUAUAUCUGAGAAGCAGCCGUUACAUGUGGUGAUGGUUGACCCCAAAAUGUCAAAUAGAUCAUCUCGGCUCGUACAAGAAGUCAUCUCGACUAUCUUGUUCACUGUUGCUGUUGGCUUCGUGUGGCUAAUGGGCGCUGCUGCGCUUCAGAAGUAUAUUGGUAGCUUGGGUGGGAUGGGAACACCUGGAGUUGGCUCAAGCUCUUCUUAUGCCCCAAAAGAGUUGAGCAAAGAAAUAAUGCCGGAGAAGAAUGUUAAAACAUUUAAGGACGUCAGAGGCUGUGAUGAUGCUAAGCAAGAGCUUGUGGAGGUCGUCGAGUAUCUGAAAAAUCCUUCAAAGUUCACUCGAUUAGGGGGGAAAUUACCCAAGGGAAUCCUUCUGACUGGAUCACCUGGAACAGGAAAAACUUUGCUUGCCAAGGCUAUUGCUGGAGAAGCUGGUGUACCUUUCUUUUACAGAGCAGGAUCUGAGUUCGAAGAAAUGUUUGUAGGGGUUGGCGCUCGCCGCGUAAGGUCCUUGUUUCAAGCUGCUAAAAAGAAGGCUCCUUGCAUCAUCUUUAUUGAUGAAAUUGAUGCUGUUGGGUCAACCCGAAAGCAGUGGGAAGGUCAUACAAAAAAAACACUGCAUCAACUACUUGUUGAAAUGGAUGGUUUUGAACAGAAUGAGGGAAUUAUUUUGAUGGCUGCAACAAACUUGCCUGAUAUACUUGAUCCUGCUUUGACAAGACCUGGUAGAUUUGACAGACAUGUAAAUCCAUUUUCUUCAUUUAUAAUUAUUUUUGAUUUUAGACGUCCCGAUUUGGUAUCAUCUUGUGGGAUGAGCGAUGCAAUUGGACCUGUCCACAUUAAAGAACGGCCCAGUUCAGAGAUGCAAUCCCGUAUUGAUGCUGAAGUGGUCAAGCUACUUAGGGAAGCUUAUAAUCGCGUAAAAGCCUUGCUGAAGAAGCAUGAAAAGGCACUGUAUGCUUUAGCAAGUGCACUUAUGGAGUACGAGACUCUUAAUUCAGAAGACAUAAAGCGCGUUCUUCUUCCCUACAGCAGAGGACGAUUAUCUGAAGAACUGGUACAGCAACGGGAGGAAGAGGAGCUUGUGUUGGCUUAAAUCUGCAUUUCUGUUUUCCAAUUAUUCUUAUCAACUGUAGUUGGUGGGAUGGGUUGGGGGUCUGUACAGUGAAUAGUUAGCAAAUCACAAGUGUUAAUAUAAAAUCUUGGCAAAUUUCACCUGCAAAUGUGUUGCUACAUAUUUUGUGACUAUUUCACGGCACUAGUAAUUUGUUCAAAAGAAAUGCCUUUUUUUUUUUUUUUUUUUUUUGACUGAAAGAUGAUAGAAUUCUUGUAAAACAAUUAUAGAUAAGAAGGUUAAAUCUUAUGUGUCACACGAUCUCGACUUU